AUGUUCUUUGCCACCAAAGCACCUAAUGAGGAGGUUUCACUGACCAAUAGAGUUUUUUUCAACCCUAAGGAUUUUAGCGACAAACUGAACUGUGUGGCUAUACAUACAACUGCAGAUAAAUAUGUUUUCCGCGGUUGCGCACAUGAAGGUGUUGCUCAAAAGAAAGUCGCUUUCGGGUUAGCCCAGCGUAAAUGGGGAAAUAUUUCACUGGAUGAACCUCUUGAUGUCCAACCGUAUACAUUUAAUUUGGCUCGUGAAUGUUUAGGUUCUGCAAUAUUGGCUGUAGACUUUAACAAUAAAAAGAUGUCUACCAGUGAACCGUUAGAUUCAGAUCGAAUGGCUUUAGAGUUUAGUAUGCAGUUUGCAGACACACCAUUAACAGUUGGACAGCUGAUCUUAUAUCGAUUUAAUAAAAAGUUAUUUCUUGUUGAAGUUAAAAAACUAUCAACUUUGUCUAUGGAUGGUGGAGAUGUUGGCAAUAGUAAAAUAGGUAUGCUAACUGGAAAUACAGUGAUUCGAUGGGAACGUCAACCAGACUCUAAACUGUUAUUAAUUGGUAAAGCUGUAUUGGAUGGUGAAGGAGCUAGUGCUUCAGGUGGUGGUGGUUACUAUAGCAUAAUCAAUCCAAACUGGGAUUUCAAUCAGAUGGGUAUUGGAGGGUUGGAUAAAGAAUUUUCAGCUAUAUUCAGACGUACAUUUGCAUCGCGAAUGUUCCCUCCUGCUGUUGGAAAACAAUUGGGCUUAAAACAUGUUCGCGGUAUUUUACUAUACGGUCCACCUGGUACGGGUAAGACAUUGAUGGCACGACAAAUUGGUAAGAUAAGAAGAAAAACGUAUGGUGCACAUUCUGCUUUGCAUAUUAUCAUAUUUGAUGAAAUUGAUGCUAUUUGUAAAUCACGUGGUUCUACAGCUGGUGGCGCUGGUGUUCAUGAUACAGUAGUCAAUCAACUUUUAACUAAAAUGGAUGGAGUUGAACAAUUGAAUAAUAUUCUUGUCAUUGGAAUGACUAAUCGACGAGAUAUGAUUGAUGAAGCACUUUUAAGACCUGGACGUUUUGAGAUGCAAAUGGAAAUCUCGUUACCAGAUGAAGACGGUCGGCUACAAAUUUUAAAUAUACAUACAGCAAAAAUGCAACAAGCUGGUAAACUAGCACGUGAUGUUGACUUAAAAGAGCUGGCAGUGAAGACAAAAAAUUUUAGUGGUGCUGAAAUUGAAGGCCUUUGUCGUGCUGCAGCAUUCACAUCUAUGUAUCAAUUGAUCAGUCCAUCUGGGAAGACACAGUUAGAUCCUGAUGCAUUUGAUCGUUUGUUAGUGAAACGUGCUGACUUCUUAUAUGCACUUGAGCAUGAUAUUAAACCUGCAUUUGGUACUUCUGAAGAAGAGCUAAGUUGUUAUUCACCUCGUGGUAUUAUGAUGUGGGGUGAAUCUGUAUCACAAGCUUUAGAUAUGGGUCGAUUAGCUGUAUCAGCUGUGAAAGAGCCUGAUGUUGAAACGUAUAGACCAUUGACUUUAUUACUUGAAGGUCCACCGAAAGCUGAUUGUUACAUCACAUAA